AUGAAGAACGCCGACUACUUUUCUAACUACGUGACGGAGGAUUUCACCACUUACAUCAACCGUAAGCGCAAGAGCACGUGCCACGGGAACCACAUCGAGAUGCAGGCUAUGGCUGAGAUGUACAACCGCCCCGUUGAGGUCUACCAGUACGGCACUGAGCCCAUCAACACCUUCCACGGGAUCCAGCACAACGAGGACGAGCCCAUUCGGGUCAGCUACCACCGCAACAUCCACUACAACUCCGUCGUCAACCCCAACAAGGCCACCAUCGGCGUGGGGCUGGGGCUGCCCUCCUUCAAGCCAGGGGUCAGCCUGAAUGACUGGGAGGACGAUGAGAUCCUGGCGUCAGUGCUGGCCGUCUCGCAGCAGGAGUACCUGGAGACCAUGAAGACCUCGACCCCCAGCCCCCCUGAGGAUGUGUCGCCAGAGACCCCCCCUCCCCUGCCCCUGCUGUCAGAGGGGCUGCUGGGCUCUGACGAAGGGGGGCAGGAGGAUCCCCGGGACUACUGCAAAGGCGGGUAUUACCCCGUGCGGAUCGGGGACCUCUUCAACGGGCGCUACCACGUGGUGCGCAAGCUGGGCUGGGGGCACUUCUCCACCGUCUGGCUCUGCUGGGACAUCGGGCGGAAGCGGUUUGUGGCGCUGAAGGUGGUGAAGAGCGCGCCCCAGUACACCGAGACGGCUCUGGACGAGAUCAAGUUGCUGAAAUGC